GUGACGGAGCGGGUGCGCCGGGUCCGCAGCGGAGGUUCAGCCGGAGCACGCCGGGCUUCUCUGCCUCGCAACUCUGAGACCCGGGAGGGCGCUGAGAGUUGCAGGAGCAGUAGUUUCAGGUGGGCCCAGGCCGGGCGCUGAGAGAGGUCGGCCGUGCGUCGCCUUCUGGACUACAUUUCCCAGAGGCUCAGGCGGCCCGUCGCUCUUCUCGCAGGAACUCGAACGUUUCGUCACGCCUGGCGGGACCGUUAGAUCCGUGAGGAAACCCCUGUGACGUUUGGUCAGAUUAUAGCCGUGGACAGCAGUGACCUCAUCUUUUCCCUGAGACACUGGGAUUGGGCAGAAUACCCCAUUCUCCUCUGAUCUCCAUUCCCUGUGUGUGAUGGGGGCUGACGGCUGACCUCUGACCUGACCAGUUUGAGCGACUAGAAAAACCUGGUGUCUCACAGUUACUUUCUCCUCUCCUGCUUCCACCCUUCUCCGGGCCAGACGCAGAAGAGAAGGAAAGAAUGCAUGAUGAACUUCUACAAGCAAUGUCCAAGGGGUCAAUGAUGUUCAGGGAUGUGUCUAUAAACUUCUCUCAGGAGGAAUGGGAAUGCCUGGACUCUGGUCAGAUGAAUUUAUACAAAGAAGUGAUGUUGGAGAAUUUCAGCAACCUGGUUUCAGUUGGACUUUCCAAUUCUAAGCCAGCUGUGAUCUCCUUAUUGGAACAAGGAAAAGAGCCCUGGAUGGUUGACAGAGAGCUGACUAGAGGCCUUUGUUCAGAUCUGGAAUCAGUGUGUGAGACCAAGAUAUUAUCUCUAAAGAAGAGACGUUUUAGUCAAGUAAUAUUUACCUAUGAAGACAUGCCCACUUUUAUUCAUCCCACAUUUCUUAUUCCACAUCAAAAAACUAUUAAUGAAAAGAAACCCUAUGAAUGUAAGAUAUGCGGAAAGGCCUUUAAUCAAAACUCACACUUUAUUCAACAUCAGAGAAUUCAUUCUGCUGAAAAACUCUAUGAAUGUAAGGAGUGUGGGAAAUCCUUUAGUCGUGGCUCACUUGUUACUCGACAUCAGAGGAUUCACACUGGUGAAAAACCUUAUGAAUGUAAGGAAUGUGGCAAGGCUUUUAGUUGUAGUUCUUAUUUUUCUCAACAUCAGAGGAUUCACACUGGUGAGAAGCCCUAUGAAUGUAAGGAAUGUGGAAAAGCUUUUAAUUACUGCUCAAACCUUAAUGAUCAUCAGAGAAUUCACACUGGUGAGAAACCCUAUGAAUGUAAAGUAUGUGGAAAAGCCUUUACUAAGAGUUCACAACUUUUUCCACAUCUGAGAAUUCAUACUGGCGAGAAACCUUAUGAAUGUAAAGAAUGCGGAAAAGCCUUUACUCAACACUCAAGGCUUAUACAACAUCAGAGAAUGCAUACUGGUGAGAAACCUUAUGAAUGUAAGGAGUGUGGGAAGGCCUUUAGUAGUGCCUCAACACUUACUAACCAUCACAGAAUUCAUGCUGGCAAGAAACUCUAUGAAUGUAAAGAGUGUGGAAAGGCCUUUAUUCAGAGCUCAGAACUUAUUCAACAUCAGAGAAUCCAUACGGAUGAAAAACCAUAUGAAUGUAAUGAAUGUGGGAAGGCCUUUAAUAAAGGCUCAAAUCUUACUAGACAUCAAAGAAUUCACACUGGUGAGAAACCCUAUGACUGUAAGGAAUGUGGAAAGGCCUUUGGUAGUCGCUCUGACCUCCUUCGCCAUGAAGGAAUUCAUACUGGAUGAAUGAUAGGCCCGUUUUUAUAACCUUUGUAAUAAUAUUUUAAAAAUCAAGUAAUGUAAAAAACAAACCCACAAAACCCCAGAUAAUGCAUGAUUGAAGGUUUCCUGUGUACUAGAUUUCUAAGGCUACCAUAACAAAGUACCAAGUACCACAAAACUGGGUACAGAAAUUUAUUCUCUCACAGUUUUGGAGCCUUGAGAUCCGAAAUCAAAGUUGUUGGUAGGUUCCUUCUGAGGACUCUGAGGGAGAAUCUGUUCCAUGCUCUUCCACUAGCAUCUGGUAACAGCCAGCAAUCUUUGACAUUCCUUGGCUUGUAGCUGUAUCACUCCAGUCUCUGCCUCCGUCUUCACAGUGCAUCUCCCUGGGUGUCUCUGUGUCUCCUCUCCUCUUCUUAUAUGGACACCAGUCAUGCUAGAUUAGCACUCACCCAAGUGAACUUACCUUAACUUGAUUACAUCUGCAAAGACCUUAUUUCCGUGUAAGAUCACAUUGACAGGUACCAGUGGUUAGGACUUCAACAUAGUUCAACCCAUAACACUCUAGCAUUGUUUUUCCUAAUGCAUUUACAAUUUUUAUGUAACUUGUUAAUCACAUGUAUUUUAAAUUGUGAAUUCAGGGUCUAAAUUAAACCUCCCUCCCAAAAAGAAAGAUUCUGUCUCACAACUACUUAUUCAAUAAUUCCUUUGUUGCCAAUUGUUUUCUUCUCCUUCUUGGUUACAUAUUUGUGUUUAUAUUAGCUUAUGUUUUAUGGCCAUCUUUUCUAGUGCUGUGGCCUACAGAUCUGUGUUUCCACCAAUACUACACUGGAAGUCGUGUUACACAGGCUGUCUUUUAAUUCCUGGCAGAAUUGUAACUUUGUUUUUGAAGGCAGCUCUUUUUUCCUUUUGUAAACUCAUAUUUUCUUUUUGUAAAAAAAAACCAUAGAGGACAGAAAGAAAAAAAUAAAGAUUAUUUGUAAGCCUACCAGAGAUGACUGCUUUCAAAUUACUACAGCAUAUCCUUCCAGAUUUUAUUUAGUGUAACCAUAAUCAUGACAUGCAUGCUGUACCAUAACCUGCUUUUAUCAUUGCUACUGUUUCAGUAAGUACACGUUUAUUUGUCAUUCUUUUUAAUAGGGUCAUAAUAAUCUUUUCUGUGGUUAUCAUUUCGCUAAAUACUGACAAUUAUUAUGGUGCCCAUUGAAACUUUGCAGUUAUAAAAGUUGCCUUCCAGGUUCAACUUUAGUGCUUUAUUUCUUUGUUCUUCUCUGCAAACUUUACAUUUCAGUACUGAAAUAACUGAUGAAGAUUUCCUCCCUGUAAAAUACUGCCAAUAGCUCUAAUCCCCUCAUUUGAAUCACUGUCAGUUUAUUUGUCUUUCCAGACCUUUUUUAAAAACUAUUUUUACUUACAUUCAUGUGCACACACAACCAAAUAUGUAAAUACUUGUAGAAAAAAUUAGUGCUGCUUUUUAAAUGUUUUAAAUACAUAUACUACUGUGUGUACUGGAUUGCUACAAGGAUUAAAUGAGUUAAGAAA